AAUAUCACCAGUCAGUGGUUGUCAAUUUAUAUUUAUAUAAGAAAAGUUUCGUUUCAUUCAAAGCCAAAGUAAAACUAAUUUUUAAAGUAAUAAAAUAAUAACUGUGCCCACCUUUAGAAAGAGUAACUCACAAGAUAACUCAAAAUGAACGAAAAUCACGAACGAUGGUUUCCUGAAAACACGUUUCUAACUUCGGUGAAGGAUGUGCUGGAAGAGGCCCUGGUCCCAGACAGCGAGGUGCAAAAAAAUGCCCGAGAAAAACUUGGUCUCAUUCAAAACAUGCCCAAUUUCACCUUCUACCUUCUGCACAUUCUUCGAGACCCAUCUUAUCCGGAAGAUAUCCGGUCUUUGAGCGGGGUAUUAUUGAAAAACAAUCUCCGUACCACGUAUCCCAUGCUGACUCCCGACGAUGCCUCGAAACUAAAAGAGGACUGCCAAAAUUUACUAACCGAUGCUUCUAGAGAUGUAAGAUUGAGCGUUUCCAAUGUGAUUGUGAUUAUUGCUAGAGAUGAUCUAAGUGAUUGGGCUAGAAUAUUACUAAAAGUUUUCGCCGAUCAGAAUGAGUUCAGUGAAGUUGCUUUAAAAACUUUGUUUGAAAUUUGUGAAGAUUUGAUCGAGAAUCAAAAUAGUGAAAUUGGCGGUAUUGUCAAACAAGUGUUUCCAAAAUUAUUUGAAUGUCUGUCUAUAAAUUAUUGUAGUGUACAUCAAGACAUUGUUAAACUCACUAAUCAAUGUUUGCAAGAUCAUUUUGAUAUUAUGAAGCAAGCGUUAGACUUGGACUUAUAUUUACGUCAAGUGAUUAGUUUAGCUAACACCGAUGAUACCGAGUUGCAAAAACACGUGUGCCAUACUUUCGUAAUCUAUGUUGAAAAGCAAGAGGAGUCCCUUCUACCUCAUUUACACGAUGUAAUCAUGUAUAUAGUAGAAAAAAAUCAACAUGAAGAUGCUGAAAUUGCUUUGCAAGCCUGCGAGUUUUGGUUGGCCGUCAGCAAGCUAGAUGGUUGUAAAGAUAUUUUGACUCCGUAUCUAAGCAAAUUGGUCCCUACCUUAUUGAAAAACAUGAGAUAUUCAUCGACAGAAUUGAACGCUUUCAAGGAUUGUUUAGGCUCGGAUGCCGAUACUAAAGACUUAGCCAAAGAUAUUGCACCUUUUCAUAAAAAUAUUGAAGAUGAUGAUUUUGAUGAUUUUCACGUAGGCUGGACUUUAAGAAAAUGCAGCGCGGCUUCCUUAGAUUCUUUAGCCUUGCAAUUCAAAAAUGACCUACUCCCGGUUAUCGUGCCAUUUCUUAGUGAAAUGUUAAACCACCAGGAUUAUUUAGUCAAGGAAAGUGGGAUAUUAGCUCUCGGUGCAAUAGCAGAAGGUUGUAUCAACGGCCUCAAACAUCAACUGCACGAUCUUAUGCAAUUUUUGCAACUUUCUAUGAGUGAUGAACAUUCUUUGGUGCGUGUAAUUACUUGUUGGACUGUAAGCCGCUGCACUGGUUGGAUAAUUAACGUAGGGCCUGAUGCGUAUUUCGUUCCCAUAAUGAUUCUUAUUUUGAAACAUUUUUCGGAUUGCAACAAACGAGUACAGCGGGCUGCUAUUUCUGCUUUUUGCAUCUUCCUCGAAGAAGCACAAAUCAAGGUAGUUCCUUAUAUUAAUAUUAUUGUGGAAAGUUUUUCGCAAGGAUUGGAAAGGUUUCAAUCCAGAAGUUUAUAUCUGUUGUACGACGCUAUCGGGGCUCUAGCUCAAUCAGUAGGCAGUAAUUUGAAUGAGCCAGAGUAUAUUGGCAAAUUUCUGCCGCCAUUGAUGCAAACAUUUUGCAAUUUUAAUGAUUCUUAUGAUGAACAUUUUGUUAUUUUUCUAGAGUGUUUAGCUAAUGUUAUUCCUGCUUUAGAAUUGUCUUUUUUGCCUUAUGCUGAAAUAGUCUUUUGCCAUUGUUUGCAAGUGAUCAAUGACACUUUAAUGUGUUGCGUUAAUUUUCAAGAAAAUCCUGACGAAUAUGAGCUACCGGAUAAAGAAUCCAUGAGUGUUGCGCACGAUGUUUUAUAUAGCAUGGCUAUAGGCUUAAAGUCUCACUUUGUGAAAUACGUUACUAAUAGUAAUUUAUUGUUUUUACUUUAUACAACAUGUCAAGAUAGUUCCUGUUCCGUCCGACAAACUUCUAUUGCCUUGUACGGAGAGCUUGUGACGUUGUGUUAUGCAUAUUUGUCCUCCAACGUUCACGAUUUUGUUCCUAUGAUAAUCAAAAGUUUGGACGAAAAAAAAUAUGCUGUUUGCAACAAUGCAGCAUGGGUUAUAGGCAAACUAUGCACAGCUAUGGGUUCCAAUAUCCAGCCCUAUCUCUCGGAGAUUCUGUUGCACUUUAUUCGCAUACUCAACGAUCAGGCUCUUGCCAGGAAUUUGCAUCAAACUGUAGCAAUUGCUUUGUGUAUCAUUUUAUUAGUUUGUCCCGAUGCUAUAAUUCCCACUUUGGAUGUUACUUUAAAAAAUUGUUGCCUUAUUAUCAGGAAUGUCAGAGACUCGAUCGAAAAAGAUUUAGCUUUCAGAGGUUUAUGCGAAACGAUUGUCCGAUGUCCCGAUUUUGGCAAGAACUAUUUUAUAUUUUUCUGCGAUGCUGCCGCGUCUUGGUUCAAUAUAAAUUCGGAUUUAAAGGAAAAUAUUCGAAGCCUUAUAAUGUCGUUCAAGAAUGACUGCGGCGAGGAUAGGUGGGCCCAAUUUUCCAGUCAAUUUCCCAGUCAUCUCAAGGCGAGACUUUACGAAUUGUAUGGGGUUUGAGGAGCUUAUAUACCAAUAAUAAUAAAUAGUUGCAUACUCAAUAGCAUACGUGAGAGGGAGUCCAAGGUUCAUAAUUUUCUAUGCUUUAAAAAUUGGGGCCUCUUAUUUUGAUUUGAGGGAGAUUUAAGAAUUUGAGUUAGGUAAUUAUUUUUCAUUUGUUAAUCGCUAAGAAAACAAUAGGGCUAUAUUUUGUAUUUGAAACGGUAUCCAAAUAGUAUUAUAUUAUUCCAAGAUUUUGUUGUACCUAUUUCCAAAAUCUAAACAAUAAAGAAUCCAAAAUUUAUUUAGCGAAUUACUGUUUAUUAUUACUGUUGAG